GCUGAAGCAAAGCGCGCAUGCGCACUUCGGUUUGACACUCCGGCUUGCCGUACAAAGCGAAAGUGUUCUGGACCAAGAUGUCAUAUGUGAAGCUGGUGUCGCUGUACGCCGCCGCCCCGGCUGUGACGGGCCUGCUGUGCGGCUCGGUGCUGGCUGCCGGGGAGGCGAAGAAGAAGAACUCCCAGGCCGGUCUGAGCCUCGAUGAGCUGCCGUCGUUGUACACCCGUCCUGAGGCAGAGACCCGGUACGUGGAGCCGGAGGCCGGCCCGCUGGAGGAGAGCGUUGCAUCGCUGAGGAAAUGGGCUGAACCGUACACGAACCAGUGUCAGACGACGGGCCUGGCUGCCAUGGAGAAAAUUGAGAAGGUUUACAGGACCGUGGAACCGACCAUCAACACGUCUGUAACAGCAGCGACGGAUGUUUACCAGUUCAUCAGCGACCCUCCUCCUGACCUUUUGCCCAGCGUCGCAGUGGUGGGCUUCUCUGGCUUCCUGGGACUUUAUUUGGCCAAAGGCUCCAAGGUGAAGCGAGUGGUGUUUCCAGUCGGACUGAUGGCCCUGAGCGCCUCCAUGUUUUACCCUCAGCAGGCUGCAGCGUUACUCAAGGUGAGUCGGGACUCGGCGUACACCUGGGCGCAGCAGGGCCGCGUCGCCAUGGAGACGCUUUGGAAAGAGCCGCCGUUUGGCAAAAAAAAGAAGAAAGAGCGAACAGAGAGCGACGACUCGACCAGCUGAGAGCAGGACGACACACAUCUCCUCACAGUAACACACCUGCACACACAUCUGUGUUGAGCCAACAGCCACAACCCGUAUUUUAAAUUAUUUAUCCCACAAUGUAUCUCAAACCAAAUCAGCCGACUGACCGGACUCAUCAGUUUACAUGAACCAGAUACGUUUCUGUUUCUGUUUCCUGGAGCAGUUCUCGUCUGUGGAACAAGAAAGAUCACAGUGUCAAGUUUCUGCCGUGUUACCUGCAGCACAUUGAUGAUACCUGCCACUGACACCUCGUCGUUCUCACACAGGAGCGAAGAGACACAAAACUAUUUUCCACAAUCACAUAAUUUUGGUCAUUCCAGCCUCUCAAAUGUGAGAAUUUCAUCCUUUCCUUUGUCUUACUCUCAGAGUUUCGAGGUGAUUUAUUUUUCCUUGUACGACACGAGGUCGCACUGACCGUCACGUUUUCCUCUGAGGUCAUACCCACAUCCCAGCUUGAAUGCUGGGAAAUCUGACAAAUCAGAGAGUGAAAAUCUCAAGGUGCCUUUAUUUCAAAUAAAACAACAAAUCUGAAUCCUGUUAGCUCACGUCAGCGUUCAGCUGCUCUCCCAGCUAACGUCACUGUGGGAGGAUUUUUACAGGACACGAUACAAAAGACGUAAAUUCAUUCUGAAACAUCUUCAGCACAUUUAUUUAAACCUGGAGGUUAAUCGCAUUGGACGUAUUUAAACAGUGGAGUUAGCCAGGAAGUGGUUGAAUGCUAACGUUAGCUAACGAGUUAUCAGAUGUGUUUGACGUUUGUCCUGAUGUCCCUCCAGAUUUUCACUCUCCUUCAUCUUUUCAGCUGCUGAUCAGUCAAGAAACUGUGAAAUGAUGAUUAUUAGUCAGAUUCUGGAGAGCAGCAGUACGAUACGUUACCCACCUACAAUAAACACAGAACGUGAAUACAGUCAUUUAUAAACAUACAAGCAGUGUCUUAAAUCUGGAGCCACGUCCUUCGCUGAACGUGGCCCCUGAAUUGAGACACAGCCACACGUAAACACAUUUACACCCAGGAAAUAAUUCAGUAAUGCAAUUUUUUUAUUUCUGGAAUAUCUUGCUUUUUUCUUUUAAAGCAGUAAGAAGACGCCAUCUUGGACAAUAAUGGUUAUUUGCAGCCAUAAACAGAGCGUGACCAAGGAUAGAAAAUAAGAAUCUUACAGUUUUAAAAUGAUUUUGAGUUUUGAGUUUUAUUUGUCUGUUUUUUGUCGAAUGACUCUAAACUUACUAACAGGCUUCAGAGAAGCUGAGCGGAACAUGUUCUGUUAUUUACAGCGUUUUUCCAAGUGGUAUUAAUGUUCUGCUGAUAAAUCUCUCUAAAUCCUGCACACUGUACCUUUAGUCCCACUUCUCAGCAUCAUGAAGUGUUGUGUAUUUUACCUGAAGCUUUAAGUUGCAGCAAACAUUGUUGUCUUACAGAAACCUUCUUCUCUUGUCUGAGAGCCACUUUGAUCAGUUUGAUAUCUGAAGGAUGAUCGUUGUUACUGAUUCAAACACGUCGUGUUGAGUUGAGCUUGAGUUCUGAUUAAUGAACUGAAUGAGAAUGUGUUUAAUGUCCGUGUCUAAUCAUGAACUGUAUAUACUGUAUGAAGUCUUAAUUUAAACUAAUUCAAUCUGCCAUCUGACUGAGCUGAAGCCAGUUACUGACUGAACCUGACUUCAACCGGCUCAGUUAAUUCUGAGGUUUUAUUUAUUUAUUGUUGGAGAGAUUCUGGUGCAGAUCCAGACCUUCUGCAGGAAUAAUCACCAAGAUCACGUCUGAUUCCUGCUCUGAUCCGACAGGACGAGAGCUCAGAGACGACUUUUUAACUUCUGGGACUAAAAACCUGAGUCGUGUGUAUCAGCCUGACUGCAGCAGUGAUCCGGAGGUGUGACCUCAGAGGGACUUUAAAGCUUAACAAGCUCACACGUCUGAUAAGAAACAAGGAUUCUGUUUUUAUUUAAAGUGACUGUUGGGAGGGAACGUGUUGACUUGUCAGCUUGUGUAUAUUCAGAAAAGUCUUAAUGAAUAAAUAACCAACUAAUAUCUAA